CUCUCUAUGUAUGUGUGUGAGCUCUUAUAAAGUUCCAACACAGAAAGAGCGAAACAACGAAGGGGCAUCAGAAAUUCAUAACAGACCAAACCCCAUAAUUAAAGCCUCUUUUUAUCCCCUUUCUCAAUCUCUGUUUCAUAUCUUUGAGCUCUCAAAGCCCUAAACAAUGGCGUCUGGCAUAGCCAACAUGCUUCGUACUCUGGAUCCGAGUAUCUGGAAAGCCUGUGCAGGCAACUCCAUUGAAAUCCCUACCGUCGAUUCUAGGGUUUACUACUUCCCCCAAGGUCACGCCGAGCAAGCAUCGUCUCCACCGGAUUUUUCCUCUCUCACCUGCGCAAAACCCUGUGUGUUAUGUCGAAUCCUCUCCGUUCGCUUCCUUGCGAAUCCUGACACUGAUGAGGUUUUCGCUAAGAUCCGUCUCCAACCUCUCAAUCGAUCUUGUCCUCCCGGAAUCCACAUUAUGUCGCCGGUCCGAACAGUUUCGGAUGGUGAGAGUGAAGAUAAGAUUGUUUCGUUUGCGAAGAUCCUUACCCCUAGUGAUGCCAACAAUGGUGGUGGAUUUUCAGUGCCAAGGUUUUGUGCGGAUUCAAUUUUUCCGCCUCUUGAUUACAAGGCCGAGCCGCCAGUACAGAAUAUUGAUGUAACAGAUGUUCAUGGAAUGGUAUGGGAGUUCAGGCAUAUUUACAGAGGUACGCCAAGAAGGCACUUGCUGACUACUGGGUGGAGCAAGUUCGUGAACCAUAAGAAGCUUGUAGCCGGUGAUUCGGUAGUUUUCAUGAAGAAUCGGAGGGGUGAGCUCUUCGUUGGUGUCAGAAGGACUGCUAGGUUUGCUGGGAGUUUUGAUUCUAUGCGUUGGAACUGUCAGUAUAUUGGGGCUUCUGUUGGUGUGAAAGUGGAGGAGUUCGGAAAUAGUGAGGGGUUUACCAGGACUGGAAAGGGAAAGGUUUCACCUGAAUCAGUGGUGGAAGCGGCAGAAUUAGCAGGGGCAGGUAUGCCUUUUGAGAUUGUUUACUAUCCGAAGGCAGGCUCGCCAGAUUUCGUGGUGAAGGCAGAGAUUGUGGAUGAGUCUAUGUUUUGGACAACAGGAAUGACGACAGCAGGAAUGAGGGUGAAGAUGUCUCUUGAGACUCAGGAUUCAUCUAGGAUGACAUGGUUUCAAGGUACUGUUUCGGCUGCAGUUCAAUAUUCUGGGCCAUGGUAUGGCUCACCCUGGCGCAUACUUCAGGUUACAUGGGAUGAGCCUGAAAUUUUGCAAGACUUAGAGAGAGUAAGCCCAUGGCAAGUGGAAUUAAUUGCAACCCCAUCAUCACUUCAGGCACCAUUCCCUCCCACAAAGAGACUUAGAGUUCCUCAAAAUCAUGAUUUGCUUAAUGACGGAGAGGAGAGCUUGUAUUUUCCUAUGGCAGAAUUAACUAAUUCAGUGAUGGGGAACUUGAGUUCAUCAUUGUUCAAUUAUAACUCUUUUCCUGCGGGCAUGCAGGGAGCCAGGCAAGACUCAUAUUAUGUAUCAGGUUUUUCCAAUUUCAUAGCUAACAAUAGCCAUCAAAUGUAUAUUGAUCAUCUGCAUGGGAAUAUGACACCCAAGUCUAGUGUAUCCACUGAAUUGAAUAUUGGCAGUACAUCACAAAAGUCUAGUGUAUCAACCGAAUUGAAUAUUGGCAGUACAUCACAAUCUGACAACUCAUCGCCACAUAGUCAAAGUAGUGUGCAUUUCUUUGCCGCAGAUCUUUCAAGCAAUCGUAAAUGUAGCUCACCAACAGAAUCUGGUUCGAAGUCAUUUCGAUUGUUUGGCAAGUUAAUCCAUACAAACCAGCCGGUUGAAAGUAGAUUUGAUGAUGCUGGGUGCUCAGAAGAUGAUGGUUGUAAAGGGUACAAAGAGAAUGAAGUUAUCAAUAACCCAGUGAACCCUUCAUCAUUUUCUUGCAACAAGCUGUAUAAUGGGCUUAAUGUUCCAUGUCAGAAAGUCUCAACUGUGGAAACAUGCUCUUUGUGAAGGGUAGUUUCUAUUCAUGCAGAUGAAAAGUUGUACAGGUACUUCUAGACAAGGCAGGAAGCUGACUACUUAACUGAACUUGAUUAAGAAUUUGACUGAAUUGGAUUAUUUUCCAUUGACUGAGGUUGUUUUCCAGCUUCCGUGUUUGAACCUUCUUAGUUUGAGUGACUUUUGUGUUAAUUUGGA